UCGCUCAUAAGAAAUGCAUGGGGCUAUCUCCGCAAUGUUCUAUUCUUAACGUGAAAUGCACAUUAGACACCGUUAAACCUAUGGGACUUACCGGACAUCUUUUGUAGAGAUGUAGUAUGAGCUAUGCAGCUUGCGCCGCUUACGGCUUACGGUUACGUUACGGUAGACUUUAUUUGUCAUUUGUCACGGUACGCAUGACGCUUGACGCAUGUAACAAGGAAGUCAGACCGUCAGGCGUCAGUCAGACAUCAGUUUAAAAUUCAAAUGUAACAGGUUAUGUCAACGGUUGCUUUUUGUUGUGCUUUUUGUAUUUAUGAAAAAAAUAAAGUUUUGUUAGAAUAAUGAACGACACAGUUGAAUUCCUUAGUUCUAUGUCACCUAAAAUACGAAAUAAAUUAAAACCAGGUGAACACCGAUUUAGAAGAAUUCACGGUGUUUCAAUUUUGGCUUUAAAGACAAAUAUUCGUCGAAGUUCUUUGAACGAAAAAUCAAAUCUUACAAUGAAAAACGAAAAUUUGAAUAUAAUAGAAUGUAGAAUCAGUUCAGAAUCCUCUGAAGAAACUGAAAAUGCAGCAUUUAGUGACACAGGUUCCACACAGGAGGAGCCAGUGAAAAAUCCCUCUAAAUCAUCCAGCAAUGAUGACGACUCUAUUAUAGUAAUUUCUGAUAAUGCUUCAGAAUCUUCAUCUGAUGGAGGAUUAAAAGACAAUCUCAAAUGUUUGAAUUUGAGGGAUAUUAAGACUGAAGGUGACUGUGAGCUGCCCCAAGAAAAAGUACAAGCCAUAGCGAACUGGCUUGAACAAAUAAAUAUAAGAAACAAUAAAAGUAGCUCUACCAUAUAUACUGAACUGUCAACUAUAAAUGGUAGUAACUCAAGUACAUCUUGUAUGAAUUUUAUUGCUAAAACAGAAUGCCAUGCAAUCAAUUCUACAUUCUCGCAGGGACAUAAUAAAAAGUUUGAUGAGAUGUUUGCAAACAAGAAUAAUUAUAAAGUAAAGGUUGACGAAACUGCAAGCGUUAUAUCAGAUGAUGUCGUAAAUGAUUCAUUGAAGAAUGUAGUCAUAGAGGAUUCAUUUGAAAUAGUCAAUGUUAGUUUAAGAAGUCGUUUGAAGACAGAAAAAGAGUGUGGAUUGAAGAAUGAACCAAAUAAUGAAGAAAAAGUGGAAAAUGAAUCUACGAAAGAAGAAAAUAAAGACAUCCAGAACCAAGUGGUCGAACAUGAUUUUGUAGUAAUAAAUAAUGACCUACGCAAUGAAGACUCUGUUGAUUUAUCACGUAAACCAGGUAGUCCAUUCGCACAUGAAGACAAUGCUGCGAAAAUACUGGACGAACUCUAUGGAACGUCAUGGAGGGUCAACAAAGAUUUGGUUUUAUCUAAAACGGAACCAAGAAAAAAAAUUAAAAAACCCAGUCUCAAAGCUGCAGUUGUAGCUUCAGAGAGCAAACCUAAGACAUCCCUUUUCUACAAAAACCCAUACUUGGAUUCGGAAAAAUCGAAAACACAGAAUCUUCUCAGCACUCUAAGUCAGUCGAGGAUGAAAGAAACGGCAAAGUCUUCCUGGCUCAACCGUUUUAGGGUAUUAUGCGAUUCUGACACAAACUCAGAAAAUUCCCCCGCUCCACUCCGUCCAACACAUCUCGAAUUUGACGACUCAAGCGACGAAGAAACUUCAAAAUACUUCAAAAAUAACGCAAAAUCGAGAAAAAGUUUGUCAGAUAAAGAAAAUAGAGCUGGAGGAAACAAUAAGCAGAAAACCGAUAGUUCUAGCAAUUCCGACGACAAUGCACGGACAAUCAAAGCAAAAGUUUUGAAAAAUAAUACGGAGAAAUCUCAAAGCAGUAGUGGGACCAGUUCUUUUGAAAAAAUUCAAUUUGUGACAACGAGAAAAGCUGUUAACAAUAUUACAAGUAAAGAAAUUAGAGGUAAUGUCAAUUUUACAUUAAAUAUCAUAAGUUCAGACGAAGAUUUAACUGAAAGCAUAGAACCAAAAAUGGGCGGUAAAGUGAAACCAACAGUGAGAAAAAAACAACAAAUCAGCAGUAGCAGUAAUAUUACUAGUGACAACAGUGAUAUAGUAAAAACGAAACCAGUGGUGCGAAGAAAACAACAAAUCAACAGUAGCAGUAGUAGUACUAGUGACGAUAUUGAUAAAGUAAAAACGAAGACUGAUAAGAAGACUAGUAAAAAAGUAUCACCAAAUAUAGAAACAAGUAGUAGCAGUAGUACUAGUGAGGGCAUUGAUAAAGUAAAAACGAAGACUGAUAACAAGACUAGGAAAAAGGCAACACCAAAUGUAGGAGAAAGUAGUAGCAGUAUCUCCAGUGACGAAGAAUGGAACAUGGAAGUUAGCAAAAUACAAAGAAAAGUUAAGACUAAAGACGAAUCUUACAGCUUUUUGGCUUCGCUAUCAGCCAGUGUACCCAUCUUAAAAUGCGACAUGUCCGCUCGCAUGUUCAGAAACAAUUUCAAAGCCUACAAGGAACAACUGGUAAAAAAGCUAUUCCAGCUGUUCAACGACAAAAUAUUUGACAACCUACUUCCUCAAGACAUGCAAAUAGAAUGGAACGACAGGAUGAGGAGCUCGGCGGGAUUUUGUUACUGUAAGAAGAUUACCAGGAGAACGGGAGCUAUCGAGAGAUCAGCCAGAAUAGCUUUGUCUACGAAGGUUUUGGAUACGGCGGAUAGAUUGAGGGAUACUUUGAUCCACGAGAUGUGCCAUGCUGCUACAUGGAUUGUGAAUUGUGUUUCAGAUGGACACGGAGAUUACUGGAAGUCUUGGGCUUUCAAAGCAAUGAAAACGUUUCCGGAAUUGCCAAAUAUUAAAAGAUGCCACAAUUAUGUCAUAAGUACUAAAUAUACCUAUAAAUGUACAACAUGCGGUUACAGCAUCGGACGACACUCCAAAUCCUUGGACAUCGAAAGGAAGCGAUGCGGCUACUGCUACGGGAAAUUCGAAAUCCUAAUUAACAAAACGAACAAGAAAGGUGAAACCAAAUCGGUAGCUGCUACCCCCAAGAAGGAAGCUACUGGGUUUGCGUUGUUCGUCAAGGAAAAUUAUGGAAUUUUCAAAACCCCCGAUAGAAAGCAUGGAGACGUUAUGAAGAUACUGGGCCAAAAGUUUCAAAUGAUGAAAAUCGACAUCAAACCAUAAGUCGAUUGCUUGAACAUUAUUUUAAGGGUUACUUUUCAAAUCUUGUUUUUUGAAACAGUCGUGUCUUCCAACUAGUCAUUAAUUCCUUGAAUUUUAUCCUAAUUAGAAAAGUCUUCUGUUUCCGGUUUAUUCGUGUAACUGUCUUUCGCUUUCCGAUAUCAAUUAACCAGUUCAGUUAUCGGAUCCAACGUUGAACGUUAUUUCAGAAAGAAAUUCAACGCCGUACAUUUUAUACUAAGUUAUAUCUUAAAUAUUCGUUUUUUUAUAUUAUUAUAAUUUUAUUCGUUUAUACAUCAAUAAAAUAAAGAAACUGUUUUCUCGUAAUUUCGAAACUUGAGAUUCGAUUCGGUUAAUCCGAGUCAUUGAAUUACUGAUAUCGGAUCAACAUAGGGAACCGUUUAUAUCAACUCUAUCUUUUUUCUUUUACCAAACCCCCUUGACUUAGUUUUUUCCGCAAAUACCAAUGACUUCUCACAAAUGCUUGUUUUGUUGAUGUAACAAAAAUAAUUUGGUGAGUACAAAUCUGUUGUGUUGAAAUAUGUGGAAAAUAUUUAAUAUAGAGAUGGUAAACGGUGGUUAAUUUGGAGAUUAGAAUGGUUGGAUCUAAGUCAUUACGAAGAUUCGUUCUGUGAGUCAGAUUACUGAAUCGAAAGGUGUUCUGUUCUGUUGAAAUAUGUGGAAAAUAUUUAAUAUAGAGAUGGUAAACAGUGGUUAAUUUGGAGAUUCGAAUUGUUGGAUCUAAAUCAUUAUGAAGAUUCGUUCUGUGAGUAAGAUUACUGAAUCGUAAAGUUGCAUGUGAGAGCUGUUCUAUUACAAUGUUUUGAAGGUAUUUAUACGUAGAAACUUGGGUUCCUGUAAAGAUUUGGUUACUAAGUGAGCCACAUUACUGAACCUAUGGUUGCAAUGGACAUUGCAGAGUAUGUACAAUCCAACGGUUCUUUUAUACCGCGUGCAUCGUGCUAUGUAAUUCGAUAAUCAGUAAUAUGGUUUAUUAAAGAGAAUUGAAGAAACCCACUCCCUAAAUAUCACGAAAUGGGAUCAACCUAGAAAACCGUGUAACUUAACUCUAACCUUUCUCUUGUACCAUAUCAACUGACUUGGUUUUCAUGAGUUUUUCCCGCAAAUGAAACUUGCCACAAAGAAUUGUUUUGUUGACAAAACAAUUAUUUAGGAGCGAGUUAAAUAUGAACCGACCGUUACUUAGUUACAAUUUUGUCUUCUUGACGUUCAUUGUUAAACUGUAUUUUUUUCCAUACUCCGGUAUUCUAGUAGCCAUCCUGAAUAUCUUCGAUAUUUUCGGCUAAGAUGUGCGGAUGAUCAUCCGCACUUAUAAUGUUGUUAAUGUUAAGUCCAUUUACCGUUAAUCCAGUUGUUUUACUCUCAAGCGCUGAUUUUUUUAAUAUGUUAUAGCCUUAUUCUUUAACAAUAUCGCUGUAAUAAACUUGUUGCUAGAUAGGUAAAUUUUCAUUGUAUACCGGGUGUACCAAUCAAACUGGGAUUUUUUCUCAAUUUUCACACCCUGUGGAAUAUUCUAGCCUUUAAAAAAUAUUGAAAUUAAAAUCCAAUUAUAGCCCAGGUUUUUUUAACAUUCUGUUUUUUAUUCAUUCGCUUAUGUUGGACAAUAAAAAAGUUAGGAAUUUUAACAACCAGCCAUGUUCUUUAUCAAUACAGGGUGUUUCUAAAUAAGUGCGACAAACUUUAAGGGGUAAUUCUGCAUGAAAAAAUAAUGACCGUUUGCUUGAUAAACCUAUGUCCGCAAAUGCUUCGUUUCCGAGAUACGGGAUGUUGAAUUUUUUCUUACAAACUAACGAUUUAUUUAUUGCUCUAAAACCGGUUGAGAUAUGCAAAUGAAAUUUGGUAGGUUUUAAGAGGUAGUUAUUGCGCGUUUUUGACAUACAAUUAAAAAUUUUAUAUUCACCAUUCGGUAAUCAGCAUGCGGGUAAUAUGAUAGGGUAAUAUGACCCGUAUGCACGCCAAUGGUGAAUAUAAAAUUCUUAAUUGUAUAUAGAAAAAAUGCGCAAUAUCUACCACUUAAAAUCUACCAAAUUUCAUUUGCAUAUCUCAACCGGUUUUAGAGCAAUAAAUAAAUCGUCAGUUUGUAGGAAAAAAUUCAACAUCCCGUAUCUCGGAAACGAAGCAUUUGCGGACAUAGGUUUAUAAAGCAAAGGGUCAUUAUUUUUUCACGCAGAAUUAACCCUUAAAGUUUGUCGCACUUAUUUAGAAACAUCCUGUAUUGAUAAAGAACAUGGCUAGUUGUAAAGUCCCUAACUUUUUUAUUAUCCAACAUAAGCGAAUGAAUAAAAAAGAAUGUGUGUGUACUUUGUACGCACGUAAGAAGAUAUUCUUCUAUUAUAUAGGUAAUUUCAACGAAGUAAAUAUACUUAACAGGUUAUUUGUAUUUUAUUUAAAAAUUAAACUAACUUUCUUAUCUACCGCUUUCAAAAAAUUUUUAUUAAAACAACCAAAAAUAAAAAAAUAUGAAUCGCCCAGGAUUUGAACCCGCGUCAUUCCAAUCACGGAGCUAACGCCCUACCAACUACACCAGCGAGGUCCUUCUGAUUGACAUGUAAGUUUCGGAUAUAAUUACACAACACGGCGACCAGUAGUGCAAAAAUGUUAUGUAGUGUAAAAUAAUUAUUUUACUACAGAGAAACACAAAUCCAAAAACACAAGAAUUAUAAUAAAUAAUACAUUUACUAAAAACACUAAUAUAUUCUUUUAAUGACUUAUUUGCACGGAUA